GUUCAUUUUUAACAUUCCUCCUCCAAUUGGUUUAAUGCUGAAUUACAGAAGAGAACUAAGCAAAACCAGGUGCUUUCUCUGUAUUCUCUCCAGUGUCUGAGGAGGUACAGGCGGCUCCCGAUCUUCUCCAUUACUUGCUAUUUCAUUCUUUGGACUAUAAAUGACUGAGGAGCUGAAGUGCUAGCAGAGGGUAAUGUUUGGAAAAACUUUCUAGUUAUUCAUCAGCACAGACUCUGGUUUUUUCCACUUUUCCCGAACAGUUUUGGACAUGCAAGGAUUAAAAAGGAUACUGACUGCUUUCACACUGGCCAUCUGCCUUUCAAGCCCUGGAAAAGCACAGCAACAAUGCACUAAUGGGUUUGACCUGGACCGUGCCUCUGGGCAAUGCUUAGAUAUUGAUGAAUGUCGGACUAUUCCUGAGGCCUGCAGAGGAGAUAUGGUGUGUGUCAACCAGAAUGGUGGCUAUUUAUGUGUACCCCGAACAAACCCAGUGUAUCGAUCACCAUAUCUGAAUCCUUAUUCAAAUAUUUAUCCACCGCCCCCAGCACCAGGCCCUGUUCCUAACUACCCUACUGUUACAAGACCUCUGAUCUGUCGAUUUGGUUACCAGUUGGAUGAAAACAAUCAGUGUGCUGAUGUGGAUGAAUGCGCUUCAGAUUCUCACCAGUGUAACCCCACCCAGAUCUGCAUAAAUACUGAGGGGGGCUAUACCUGUUCCUGCACUGAAGGCUAUUGGCUGUUAGAAGGCCAGUGUUUAGAUAUAGAUGAAUGUCGUUACGGCUACUGCCAGCAGCUGUGUGCCAAUGUGCCCGGUUCAUACUCCUGUACGUGCAACCCAGGCUUUACCCUUAAUGAUGAUGGAAGAUCAUGCCAAGAUAUGAACGAAUGUACAAGCGAAAACCCUUGCACUCAGACCUGCGUCAACACCUACGGCUCUUUUCUCUGCCGCUGUGAACCUGGCUACGAACUGGAAGCUGAUGGAGUUAACUGCAGUGACAUGGACGAAUGCAGCUUCUCAGAGUUCCUCUGCCAGCACGAAUGUGUGAACGGGCCUGGUUCUUACUACUGUAUCUGUCCUUCGGGCUAUAACUUGCUUGACGAUAGCAGAAGCUGCCAAGAUAUCAAUGAAUGUGAAAACAGAAACUUCACCUGCACUCCACAGCAAACGUGUUUCAAUAUCCCAGGAGAAUAUAAAUGUUUAGACCCAGUAAGAUGCGAGGAUCCUUAUAUCCAGAUUAAUGAGAACCGCUGCAUGUGUCCAGCUGAAAACGCCGGUUGCAGAGAUCAGCCAUUCACCGUCUUGUACAGAGUGAUGGAUAUGGUGUCCGGGAGGUCUGUGCCUUCUGACAUUUUUCAGAUGCAAGCAACAACUCGCUACCCUGGAGCCUAUUACAUCUUCCAAAUCAAAUCAGGGAAUGAAGGCAGGGAAUUUUACAUGCGGCAAACGGGACCGAUCAGUGCUACUCUGGUGAUGACCCGCCCCGUGAAGGGGCCCCGUACUAUUCAGUUGGACUUGGAAAUGAUCACUGUUAACACUGUCAUCAACUUCAGAGGAAGCUCUGUCAUCCGGCUGAGGAUAUACGUAUCGCAGUACUCCUUCUAAACCUUGAGUUUGUGCCCUGGAAACAUUACAACAAAAGAGACGGUUCCUCCUCUGCAGAACUCUCUCCUGAGAAGCCAGUACGUAUAGCAGCUCCAAACCAAAUCAGUAUUUCCACAGACCCGGUGACCUAUGCCUGUCUGAGGAGGGAGGCCUCUUCAUGCACAGUCCCUACCAGGAUGCAGACAUUUGAAGAUGUAUUGUCAGCAGAUCCUGUAUGAUUCUUGAUGUGGUCAUAUAUUUUAAGGACUCUUCUUUCCAUUGUAAACACUUCUAGGGUAUGAGUCUAUGUUUGAAAGACUGUGAACCUUUGUAGCUCCAAGGCUGCUUAGCAAAAAGCACCACAGAAACUGAGGAAAAUGCUGGCUUUUGCAAUCUUGCCUUUUUUUUUUUUCCAUUAUAAAUGGAAAGCAGACAAACAAGCAGAAACAGAAACAAAAAGCCACCUAUUGAAACAAAGGAUCUCAGAAGUGCUAACUUACAUUCCCAAUUAUCGCUGGAAUUAUCAGUCAGGCACUUUGUCUCAAUUCACCCUGCAUUUGUCUUAGUUUCACUUGUUUUUUCUUUGAUUCUACUUUAUAGUUAAAAUUAAUUGUAAAUUCAUUCCAAAAUACAUGUUGUACUAUGUAAUCUUCUACUUUCUAACAAAGUGUCACAUGUUUGGGUUCCUUCCUGUAUUAAAUCUUUAUAACAGAGUUCAUAGAAAUCUAUCACUGGAUGGUAUGUUUUACAAUAUUUAGGAUGUUAUGCUUAUUUACACCCAGCCUCUUUGACACAGGCCUCCAUUGCCAGAAUAGUGUCCAGGGAUGUUAGAGCAGACAAGAAUCAGAACUUUAUUUUUCCCUGUUUUCCUGAGUGUGAUAGUUGCAAACAGUUUGUAAUGGUUAUAAGGUAGUGAUACUAACUCUGUAGUUAAGGCUGCAAUUAAUCUCCUGUUCAAAGACCACUCAGCUCAGACCCGUCCAAAUGUCUUCAGAAAAAAUGAAUUGUUCUGUUCACGCGCAGUCUCUCUCCUAUAUUCCUAACAUUGGGGAAAAUAAGCUGAAAAGGACUUGGACCAGUCUUAUUGUUCAUGCCUCUGCCACAAAGCAGACCCCACUAUACCAGUACCCAGACCUCAGACGAUGGGAUCCCAUAGUUUCCAUAGGCAAUGUCUUCUCAGGUAUAACUGCUGUAACCAAUAGAAAGUUUCUCCUAAAGUCUAAACUGAAUCUCCGCUGUCGUAAUUUAAAUCCAUUGCUUUUUAGCCUACUUCCAGUAGAAAUAGAGAACAGUUUAUCUUCCCCUUUGCAGCAGUCUUUAACAUGUCUGAAGGCUGUUGUCAUGUCUCCCCUCAGACUGUUCCUCUCUAGUCUAAACAAACCCAUUUCUUUUGGUCUUUCCUCAUACAUCACAUUUUCUGGACCUUUGAUCAUUCUUGUUGCUCUCAUCUGGAUUCUCUCCAGUUGGUUCACAUCUUUCUUGAAGUGCAGUGCCCAAAACUGUGAAAAGUA